UUGAAAUGUCGGUUACCGGAAGCGCUUCCUGGGCGGAGCCACCGGUCUCGCACUUCCUGGUCGUGUCUCGGUAGCACUGCUACCACAAUGGAAAUGCUCACGUUACUCUGCUUAUUUUCCACGUACCUGUUAGCGAGCAGCAUUAACAUCGAGGAGAACGCUGGACAAUUCUUCAGCAGCGGUCACACUAACAACUGGGCUGUUCUGGUGUGUACGUCCAGAUUCUGGUUCAACUACCGCCAUGUGGCCAACACUCUGUCUGUGUACAGAAGCGUUAAGCGGCUGGGCAUCCCUGACAGCCACAUAGUUCUGAUGCUGGCUGAUGACAUGGCUUGUAACCACAGAAAUCCCAAACCCGCCACAGUUUUUAGCCACAAGAACAUGGAGCUGAAUGUGUAUGGAGACGACGUGGAGGUGGACUACCGAGGAUACGAGGUAACAGUGGAGAACUUCCUGCGAGUUUUAACUGGAAGACUUCCACCCAGCACUCCGCGCUCCAAGCGCCUGCUCUCUGAUGACCGCAGCAACAUCCUAAUAUACUUGACAGGCCACGGCGGGAAUGGAUUUCUGAAGUUCCAGGACUCUGAGGAGAUUAGUAAUGUGGAACUGGCCGAUGCUUUUGAGCAGAUGUGGCAGAAAAGAAGGUACAACGAGCUUCUCUUCAUCAUCGACACUUGUCAGGGGGCCUCCAUGUACGAGAGGUUCUACUCCCCAAACCUCAUGGCUUUGGCCAGCAGUCAAGUCGGAGAAGACUCCCUGUCGCAUCAGCCAGAUUUGGCAAUCGGAGUCCACCUGAUGGACCGUUACACCUUCUACCUGCUGGAGUUCCUGGAAGACAUCCAUCCUGCGAGCAAGACCAACAUGAAUGACCUGUUCAAAGUGUGUCCCAAGAGUCACUGUGUGUCCACUCCGGGCCACCGCACUGACCUGUUCCUGAGGGACCCAGGAAGUGUCCUCGUCACCGAUUUCUUCGGUAGCGUUCGCAAAGUGGAGCUCACCAUGGAAACCAUCAACUUGACAGGUCAUAUCAAGCAAUGGGAGGAGAGUGCUGCGGACGGAGAGCCGCGGAAAGAGACGUACUCGUACUCCGACCAGCUGCCGGUGUCGGAGAUCAUCCAUCAGAAGCCAAAGCAGAAAGACUGGCAUCCUCCUGAUGGCUUCAUCCUGGGCCUGUGGACUCUAAUCCUCCUGGUGUUCUUCAAGACGUACGGCAUCAAACACCUCAAACACAUCUUCUGAGGCGCCGGCGCUGCUGGACACCCGAAGGCGACGUGGAGCUGCUGCCGAGGGGGCUGUUGGAGGGGGAAGGUGCAGUUUUGUGACGGGGCUUGUUCUUCCCCCAGAAAAAUGGAAAGAGAAGAUGAACGAACACCACAACCUGUGCUGUGUGACGCUACUGGUGGAUGAUUGCUCUCUACUGAUGUAAAUAUACAUGCAAUAAGUUUUUUUUAUAUUAUUUCAGAUUUGAAGAAGAAGAAGAGAAAUAAUUAAAAGUGGUGCAUCAAAAAUGUGAAAAUCCUGCUGUGCAUGUGCACACCACCAUGUCUGUUUACGGGAAAAAAAAAGGACUUGCUAACUUAUUUAUAUUUUGUUAAGCCGUUCUAUAAUUGCAUUGAUUUGGUUAUUAAUGCACUGAAUUGAGUCUGCAGAUAAGAAUUUAAUUUAUUUUCAAGAGUGCGCCGCUCUGCAUACAUCAGUGGCGGCUCCUGCCUUUUUGUCUAAGUGCUACUCAGAGCGUCUGCUUGGUCAGAAAAAGGAAAAUGUUGGGAACGAGGAGGAGGGCGGGACGAGGGGGGGGGGGGGGCGAUUGGCUGCGAGUGGGCUGAUGACGGAUUACACUUGAACGUCUCCCCUGUCCAUAUACAUUACACCCCUUGACGGUCAUAUCACGUACGUGAAGGAUAACAAUCGCACGUAAUCCCAUCUCGCGCGAUGGGACCCGUCCACUCCCCCCCCCCCCCCCCCCCCCCCCCCAUUCACCAAAUUGCCCUCCCCGUGGAAACAUCCAUUAGCCGCCCCGGCCUCGCACUCCGCUGAUUGUAUUCCGGGUAAUGGACGGCUAUUUCCCCGGCCAUUCUGUGCCUCGCACUACAGCGGCGAUAAGUGAGUGAUAACCUAGUAAAGCCCGCCGGUCGUCCCAAAUGAAUCUCCUCUAUGCCUGGACAUGUUUUCCUUCUUUUUCUUUUUUUUUUGUUUAUCCCCCCCCCCCCCUCCCUCCCCUGCCUUUUCUCUCCAUGUGUAACCACGGCAUCAGACCGAUGCUCAAAGCGUAUGGAUCGAACCGGUGCUGGUUUCUUUUCUCCUGCUCUGCUCUCAGAAACUGUAAGAACAUUUUAUUCUCUUCUUUCAUGCUCGGAUUAAAGAUUAAAAAAAAAAAACGUG